AUGAGCGCCGCUACGCACUUCAACUACCAUUCCGAGUACAAGACAGCUUUCGAAGAGUUCAGGGUCAUCAGAGAAGAUGAAAGGAGACUCUCCAAAUGCGGCGGAGAGUUUAUCAUCGUUGGGAAUGUUACCCGUCGCCUGGAGGAGAGCUCGCCCUCUUGCCACUCUCGGUUCAAAAACGAUCUUGACAGGUUGUGCCAACUUCAUUCGCUUCGUCGCAAUUCGAUGCAACCACCAACUAUGCGCUUAGAGGAUCUGAAAGGUUACCACUGCGUUUUCUACAUCCUGAUUGACAUUGGCGCCCCCUCACAAAUCGACCUGUUUCGCGAAAAUGGUCUUAGCGACAAUAAGCUACCAAUCGACAUGACGACCUUGAAGGACAAGAUACGUGAGCGACAUAACGAUGACUUCUUGGGCAAGUUCUACAAGGCCCAAUUAGCGUGGUGCCCGGUACAAUUUGAGCUGGGCAUGAGAGAAAAAUAUUGGGAUAGAAUCAUGCGUAUUCUAGAGAAAACCGAGAUAAAGCCCCACCGGGAUGGUCGUGGGCCUCGAAAGAAUACCGCGUCAUUAUAUUCGAUUGAAGUGCCCGAAGAGAUGGUUGGUAUGAAGUUGCAGAAGAAGAUGGCAUCGGCGAAAUUCAAACGACAAGGAGAUCGUUCUCCAGGUUUCAGAUAUAGGUUCGCUCUCAAACAGUUUGAGUUUGACAAGAUCGACUACUUCCACAACGAGGCCCGCAUGUUCGACCACCUGAGGGACAAAGACGGCAUGAUUUCAUACAUCGGGUGGUACCAGAGCCUCGAGACUGAUAACGAAGGAGCACAACGAGAGUAUCAUUACAUCAUUCUGGAACUCGGAGAUUCGGAUCUUUACACUGCCAUCCGCACCCUGGAGCCUCCCGUAUCCCCAAAGGAGAUCUUAGGGUUUUGGACCGCAAUGUCUGGAAUAUCGGAAGCACUCGCCUCUAUUUACAAACUAAAGCUGGGCGGUGUAAACUAUUAUACGUGGCACGCAGACAUUAAACCUGAGAACAUACUUCGUGUCGACAGCCGGUAUAAGUUAGCAGACCCAGGAGAAGCCUAUAUCCAAUUAUCCAAUGGCGAAAAUCGGCGACAAUCGGCCAGAGUGACUGGGGGUACAAGAACUUAUGGUGCACCGGAGAAAGCGGCGUAUCUCGAUGGCAGGAGUCUACAAGAGCCUUUGAUAACACAGACAAGCGAUGUAUGGUCACUGGGUUGCGUGUUCUCCAUCGCAGCCACCUACGUCGUAUUAGGACCUCAGGGCGUCUUGAUCUACGACAGAAUUCGCAGAGCCGGUAUCCUUGAGAAGACUGGAGAUGUGAGCGAUACCUUUCACCACGACGACAAGGUCCUUUCCGAAGUGACGGAAUGGCAUAGAUACCUUCGCGCGGUUGCAAGAAAGACUGAUGCAUAUACUACUGACGUAUUGGAUAUGGUGGACCAAUACAUGCUAGUCGCAGCCCCUGACCAAAGAUUCACGGCCGUACAAGUCCGCGACUGGUUUAAGAAACGAUUGGAGCAGUCUCUUGUUCCCACUCGAGAGGUUCCGAGCAGGAUUGAAGAUCUGCUCCAAGACAUCGAACUCGAGGUAGAGCUUGACUAUGAGCAGCACUCUGGCAUCAAACGACUUGAUUCGAAUAUGGUACCAAAACGGCCAGCAUCAAGGAACGCCCAAGAUUCAACGGAGCCCGACUUCAAGAGCCAGAAAGAACUUCUCGACCAAGGCAUCCGACCAACAGCUCAUAGAUCCGCAAGGGACAGUCCACCUAAGCUACCGGCUCUGACCCUAGAUGUGACUUCUGAUCAAGCUUCUUGGAUACAAAACAAUUCAGUCACUCAUGGCAGCCAUGCAUAUCAUGCAGUAUACCUGGUUGACAACGGUACUUCCAUGAGAGAGCACUGGGAUCAAGCAACUUUCAUCUUGGGAGGACUGGUCUGGCGGUCCUUGGGCUAUGAUGAAAACGGAAUGGAGUUAUGCUUCACCAAUCCCGACACGAAUCCCGCAGCGCACAUCAGAGAGUCACCAAAACAAGAGGUAGAAACCUUUACAGAUGCAAUGAAACUCGCCAAGCCAUCAUCCAAUGACAAAAUGUCGGUGGAGACGAUGAUCGUCCCAGAGCUUGCCCGGAUCAUCAACGAUUAUUCUAGAGCAAUGAUUUCCAGGAGGCGUCCAAAGAAGAAGACCAUCAUUGUUUUGACCGAUGGGGUCUGGAACGGCAUGCAUAUUCCGAACACGCUUGAUGAGCAUCUCAAAGCAGUGUUCCAACUCUUGCGAGACCUUCACAAGGAUCUCCCGCUCCGUAACAGCCCGCAUAAUCAGGGCCAGGAAGACAUCGAAAAGAUUCGGCCAAUUACCAUCCAGUUCGUGAGAUUCGGUACUAACGAAAUUGGAAAGGAGAGGCUCAGGCAUCUUGACGAUGACCUUACUAAUUAUGGUUGCCCUGAUCUCAUCGACACCGAACCUGCUGACGGAGAUGUCUAUAAAAUGUUUCUGGGAAGCUUAUGCGAUGACAUUGAUCGCCAACAGUCGAUCGUCUAUGAGCCUGCUCUUACGAUGGUGACCAGCCCUAGCACCGUUAGCGAAAGCAUGCCUAUCGGUUUGAGCCGCGAGCCAACACAAGAGAGAGAGCCCACGCACCAUAGAGAUUCCACACCGAUAUCACCAAAUCACCGGAAUUUAGAAGCGAGUCACUAUGGAGAACAGUUCUCGCCAACGAGCGGGAGGUUUCAGGAGACCUCAGUCACUUCCCCGCUAUCCUUGUAUCCUCAAGAAUUAUCGGCGCCACAGUACGAAACCCAUCAAAACCAGGGUCAUGUCUCUCCACUUCGCAUAUCCCUUCCCCGGCAUAGUACGAACCCUGAUCCUGCAAGGCAUGAUAAUCAGCUCCAACAGCGGUCGCCUAUGACUGCAGCUUCCUGGGGAAUGCGUACAGAUGCUGGUCUUGACCAGAACUCACCGCAUCCUCGUGCAGAAGCCCCAUAUGGAUAUCGAAAAUCAUUCCACCCAAACUGA